AUGGAGAGUAGGAGUGGGAGAUUCCGGUGUAGCAGCAAGGCGGCGUACGCCUUGACGGGCUUGUUGCUGUUGAGCUUGGUGACCCGUUUAUCGGCUCUAUCGGUAACGGUGAACGAAGAAGAAUGCGUAUACGAAUACGUAUUGUACGAAGGUGACACCGUUUCGGGAAAUUUCGUCGUUGUUGACCACGAUAUUUUCUGGAGUUCAGAUCACCCCGGCAUUGAUCUCACUGUGACAUCUCCCGGAGGUAAUACGGUCCAUACUUUGAAAGGAACAUCAGGGGACAAAUUUGAGUUUAAGGCCCCAAGAAGUGGAAUGUACAAAUUCUGUUUCCAUAAUCCUUAUUCUACACCAGAAACAGUCUCUUUCUACAUUCACGUUGGUCACAUUCCCAGUGAACAUGACCUCGCCAAGGAUGCUGAGCAGAAGUACUUGAAAGCACGUGAUGGUCGUCAUCGUCACACAAAUGAGAGCACUCGGAGGCGAGUUAUAUUUUACACAGUUGCAGAAUACAUUUUGCUAGCUCUUGCAAGUGCACUCCAAGUUGUGUAUAUUCGUCGCUUGUUCAGCAAGUCAGUUGCAUACAACCGUGUUUAA